CAACAGCUGUCGUCAUCAAACUGAGUAAAAUCGUAAACGAGAAAGCUAACAAGAAUAUCUGUUUUAUUUUAAUUCACGAUAUUAUCUGUCCAUUAUGGCGGAUAAUGUGGAAGGAGAAGGUGUGGGGUUCAAUGAGAACAGGAUGGCGCAGCCGCAGUCUCUGCGAUUCCGCACCCCUGCUCCUCCCCCCACGCCAGUAAUGCGCAAUCCUCCACCCCUGUUGAGACCUCCACCUCCACCUUUCGGUGUUAUAAGAGGACCUCCGCCUCCACCGAGGCCUCCAUUCGGACGCCCACCUUUUGAUCCAAGUAUGCCACCCAUGCCUCCACCUGGAGGGUUGCCCCCACCAAUGGGACCCCCCCACUUGCAGAGGCCACCUUUCAUGCCUCCGCCUUUGAGCAACAUGCCUCCACCUCCAGGAAUGAUAUUUCCCCCAGGAAUGCCCCCGGUCCCUUCAGCUGCAGGACCUAAGCUACCCCCAUCAGAGGAGAUCUGGGUGAAGAAUAACACUCAAGAGGGAAAGGUCUAUUACUAUAACGUCCGCACGAGGGAGUCGGCCUGGACCAAACCUGAAGGUGUAAAGAUCAUCCAGCAAUCUGAGCUCACUCCUCUGGCGGCCAAUCAGCAAGCAGCAGUAGCAGCAGCAGCGGCGGCGGCGGCGGCGGCGGCAGGGAUCGCUGUGGCCACCAGCCCCGUGAGCAGCGUCAGCAACACCACCACCAACGCUAACGGCAGCAUGAGCAGCGUCCAGUCAGUGAGCACCACGGCCCCCAUCAGCGUCUCCCCAUCCCUAAGCUCCGCCCAGGCCCCCUCGCCCGGCCGCAACCUCAGCUCCAGCCCCGAGCUGGCCACCAGUCCGGCUCCAUCGUUGCCUCCACCUGGGCCAAGUCCGGCCCACACCGAGAUGCCUCCUGUAGCCUCUGUGCCCUCCACUGGGGGAGUAACACCUGUUACCGUGGUGAGCGUUUCCGGGGUACCGGCGUCGAUGACCCAGGUGCAGACGGUUCCUCUGAUGCCCCAGGGUCUCCCAGGGGGCCUGCCUCACUCCGUGCCCCAGCCCACUGCCACCGUGCCAGCCUUCCCUCCGGUCAUGGUGCCUCCAUUCCGAGUGCCCCUGCCAGGGAUGCACAUCCCUCUGCCCGCGGGAGGGGGACCCAUACUGUCUGUGGGGAGACCACCGGUGGGUGAGAAUUCGCCACAAGCCUUCACCCCCCCACACUUGACGAAGGGCCUGCUUGUCUUCCGUCCAGUCCAUUCUCACUCAUCUUACCCAGGGAUGCUGCCAGGCAUGGGCCCACCUUUGGUACCCAUGGUCCACCCCCAGCUGACUAUAGCAGCUACGCCUGCAGCACUGGCGGGUGCGCUACCCCUACCAGAGUGGUCCGAGUACAAGACGGUGGAUGGGAAGACGUACUACUAUAACAACCGCACACUGGAGUCAACCUGGGAGAAGCCUUUGGAGCUGAGGGAAAAAGAAAAGGAAGCUGAAAAGGCCAAAGAGAGACAGGCUGUGGAGGACUCUGAGGAUGUAGAUAUGGCUGAUCAGGAAGACACCGCCGAGCCAAAGGUUGAGAUAAAAGAGGAGCCAAAAGAUGAGGAAAUGACAGAAGCAGAGAAAGCUGCACAGAGAGCCAAGCCUGUCGCCUCAAACCCCAUCCCCGGAACCCCCUGGUGUGUGGUUUGGACAGGUGAUGAUCAGGUGUUCUUCUACAACCCGACCUCUCGCAUCUCCCUGUGGGACCGACCAUCUGAGCUGGUUGGCCGAGCCGACGUGGAUAAGUACAUUCAGGAGCCUCCACACAAGAAGACUUCUGAGGAUGGACCCAAACCACCUGUCGUCACCAAGGAGAUAAAGGAGGAGGAGCCUGCCCGAGAGGAGGGUAUCGAGGAGGAGCCAGUCCAGGCCAAAAGGAGGAAGAAGGAGGAAGUGAAAGAGGCUGACCUGGAGAAAGAGGCGGCCCUGGAGGCCGAGCUGAAGGCAGCUCGGGAACGGGCCGUCGUGCCGCUGGAUGUGCGCAUGACACAGUUCCGGGACAUGCUGCUCGAGAGAGGGGUCUCUGCCUUUUCCACCUGGGAGAAAGAGCUGCACAAGAUUGUGUUCGACCCUCGUUACCUCCUCCUAAACUCAAAGGAGAGAAAACAGGUCUUUGACGGGUAUGUGAAAACCCGUGCGGAGGAGGAGCGCAAGGAGAAGAAGAACAAGCUGAUGCAGUCCAAGGAGGACUUCAGGAAGAUGAUGGAGGACUCCAGGCUGCACGUCCGGAUGACAUUCAGCGAGUUCGCUGCCAAGCAUGCAAGAGACACUCGCUUUAAGGCCAUUGAGAAAAUGAAGGAUCGCGAGGCCAUCUUUGUCGAGUUCAUGACCGCCCUGAGAAAGAAGGAGAAGGAGGACAGUAAGAACAGAGUUGAAAAGGUGAAGCAGGACUUUUUCGACCUGCUGAGUGACCACCACAUUGACGUGCAGCAGCGCUGGGCCAAGGUGAAGGACAAGGUGGAGACCGACCCGCGCUACAAGGCCGUGGAGAGCUCGGCGGCCCGCGAGGACCUCUACAAACAGUAUGUGGAGAGCAAAGCAAAGAACAUGGACGCUGAGAAGGAGAAGGAGCUGGAGAGGCAGUCUCGGAUCGAGGCGAGCCUACGGGAGCGCGAGCGCGAGGUCCAGAAGGCCCGCUCCGAGCAGACGAAGGAGAUCGACCGGGAGCGCGAGCAGCACAAGCGGGAGGAGGCCAUCCAGCACUUCAAGGCCUUGAUGUCUGACAUGGUGAGGAACACGGACGUGUCGUGGGCGGAGACGAGGCGGAACCUGCGGAAGGACCACCGCUGGGAGUCGUCCUCGCUGCUGGAGCGCGACGAGAAGGAGAAGCUCUUCAACGAGCACGUGGAGGCGCUCACCAAGAAGAAGAAGGAGCACUUCAGGCAGCUCCUGGACGAGACGGCCGUGAUCACCCUGACGACCACCUGGAAGGAGGUGAGGAAGAUCAUUAAGGAGGACCCUCGCUGCAUCAAGUUCUCCAGCAGUGAGCGGAAGAAACAGAGGGAGUUUGAAGACUACAUCAAAGACAAGUACAUCAUAGCCAAGGCCGACUUCAGGACACUUCUGAAGGAAACCAAGUUUAUCACAUACAAGUCCAGGAAGCUGAUCCAGGAGUCUGACCAGCACCUGAAGGACAUCGAGAAGGUUCUGCAGAACGACAAGCGCUACUUGGUGCUGGACUGUGUACCCGAGGAACGGCGCAAGCUCAUCAACUUCUACAUCGAGGAUCUGGACCGGCGCGGGCCCCCUCCUCCCCCCACCGCGUCCGAGCCCACGCGCCGCUCCACCAAGUGAAGACCACAAACACCUCCCCCCCUCUUAGCAAAGACUUGUACCCCCAGCUUCUCCCCUCUCCCCAAAAAAAUACAUGACGCGCAUAUGAGACACCCCCCUCCCCCUGAACUUUAGUUUGCCUUUAAGCCCAGUGGUACUGGCCUGUGGGAAUGUCUCCGUGAUGCAAGUAGGAUUGGCACACACACUGGCCGUUGGGGGCGCCUUCUGGAUGAUCUGAGGCUUCUGGCGAGCUUUAGCUCUCUGCCGAGCAGGGUAUUUAUUGUGUAACCCCCGAACAUCACACAUAUCCCCCCCUCUCACCCCCCCACCAUGCCCAACGCACGCGCUAUGGAGUGAGACGGGGAGAGUGGUGUUGAGAGCAGUGUUCCUAGGCCACGUGACGACGUGGUGAAGACGUCAUGGAAGUCAGACGUAAAUGCAUUUUGGGUUGAAUGCAUGAUUGGAAUCCGAGGAAAACGACUGCGAGAGGGCCUUAGUCGUGUGCUUUGCUCAUACACAAGCUCUCGCGGGUUGUGCCUGUAAUUUGUGUGUGUGUGUGUGUGUGUGUGUGUGUGUUCAGGCAUUGCGACUGUAUUUUGUUUUGUUUGUUUGUGUUUACUGGAAUAAAUACAAGCUCUUCUGUUGAAGUUUAUAAAA